GGACAGCAGUACAAUCGGCUGUUUGUGUACUUUUGGACGACUCCAGCUUCCUCUCUUAUAUCAAAUACUGGUUACACCUUCUCUUUAUAUCUAUUUAUAUCAUCCAUGGGUUGCACUAGCGACCACAAUGGGAAACUAAGUUUUGUUUUGUGAGUUAUUAAUCCCGGAAGUAGUCUAAGGUUACAAAUAACCUAGCGCUAAGUAUGGGGUAGCUCAACUUCAUUGGUAUCAUGUCACAUUUGCCAAUGUGAUAAAACGUUAAUCGCAAUGGACUCUCGUCGGACGACCACAUUGGACGGCAAGAGAUAUGCACUUUAAUUCGCACGAACAGAAGCGACGUUCAGGCGCAACUUAUAUUGUCAAUGGAAAUCUUAUCAAUGCUUAGGCUUCGUUUGUCCCUAAAGCAAAGAUAUUGUCUCCUGCUGUGUUUUAUUGUCGGAUCGAUACUUGCUUAUCAGUUUACGAGGAAUCGAGUCGACGUGGGAAGAAUGAGCCGUGUGGAGGGUCUGAGGGCCAACUCGUCUCAGUUCACUCUGGAGAGAAAACCCUUCCGCAUCCUGGGGGGCUCCAUCCAUUACUUCCGUGUCCCCAGAGCCUACUGGGAGGACCGGCUGCUGAAGAUGAAGGCCUGUGGCCUCAAUACACUGACAACGUAUGUGCCGUGGAACCUACAUGAGCCGGAGCGAGGGGUGUUCCACUUUGAGGAUCAGCUGGAUUUAGUAGCUUACCUCCGUCUUGCAGCCAGCUUGGGUCUCUGGGUGAUUCUGCGUCCAGGGCCGUACAUCUGUGCUGAGUGGGAUUUAGGGGGACUACCCAGUUGGCUGCUACGAGAUAAAAACAUGAAACUGAGAACAACCUACCCGGGAUUCACCGACGCCGUCGACUCCUUCUUCAAUCAUCUCAUUGAAAAAGUUGUUCCACUUCAGUACUCCAAGGGAGGCCCAAUUAUCGCAGUUCAAGUGGAGAAUGAAUAUGGCUCCUAUGCUAAAGAUGAAGAGUACAUGCCUUUCAUCAAGGAGGCGGUAUUGUCGAGAGGCAUCUCAGAGCUGCUGCUGACCUCAGACAACAAGGAAGGACUAAAGCGUGGAGGAGUGAAAGGAGCCCUAGAAACCAUCAAUUUCCAGAAACUAAACCCAAAUGACAUCAAGUAUCUGGAUGUAAUACAACCUCACAAGCCUAAGAUGGUGAUGGAGUACUGGUCCGGCUGGUUCGAUCUUUGGGGAGACCUUCAUCAUGUGUACACAGCUGAAGACAUGAUACCUGUGGUGACAGAGAUCCUUAAACUGAACAUGUCCAUCAACCUCUACAUGUUCCACGGAGGGACAAAUUUUGGCUUCAUGAGUGGAGCGCUUGCGGUUGGGAUGCCGGCACCGAAAGCUAUGGUGACAAGCUACGAUUACGACGCUCCAUUAUCCGAGGCGGGGGAUUACACCACCAAGUACCAUCUUCUGAGGAAUUUAUUCAGCCACUACCACGCCCAGCCUCUCCCUGAACUGCCUUCUCAUCAGGAGAGGAGAGCGUACCAGCCUGUUGUCAUCCAGCAGCACCUGUCUCUGUGGGUCAGUCUGCCUUUCACUGACAAGCCUUUGAAGUCGGAAAGGCCGGUGAACAUGGAGAACCUCCCUGUCAACAACAACAAUGGUCAGUCUUACGGCUACACGUUGUAUGAGACCACCAUCAGCAGCAAAGGAACCCUCAACUCAAAGAACAACAUCAGAGACAGAGCGCUGGUUUUUGUGGACAAACAUUUUCUUGGUGUUCUGGAUUAUAAAACGCAAGAACUUGCACUCCCUGAUGGGAAGGGAAAAAGAACUCUAAGUUUACUCGUCGAGAACUGUGGAAGAGUGAAUUAUGGGAAAACUCUGGAUGAACAGCGCAAAGGUCUUGUUGGAGAUAUCGAGUUGAACAAACUCCCCCUCCAUGACUUCAUUAUUCGCAGUCUGGAUAUGAAGCCAGGCUUUGUAAACAGACUUGAGAGUUCAAGCCACUGGAUGUCUGUGCGUCAGCGACCCUCCUUCCCGGCGUUUUUCCAGGCCACACUCUAUGUGAACAGUUUCCCUAAAGACACCUUCAUCAAACUCCCUGGCUGGAGCAAAGGUGUGGUGUUUAUCAACGGCAAGAAUCUGGGUCGCUACUGGUCCAUCGGUCCUCAGCAAACUCUCUAUGUCCCAGGCCCCUUGCUGCACAGGGGGGACAACCAGGUCAUGGUGUUUGAAGAGCAGGAAACAGAUGGUAAGAUUCUGUUCUCCAGCAGCCCGGACUAUGGCAUGACUGUUGAUGUCCAGUGAGGACAGAAGGUGAGAGGGGAGUGUGGAUGAGCGGAGGAGGAGGAUGACGGGAGAGUAGCUGAGAAACUGAGGCGAUUUGCUGCAAACUUUGACUACUCGGGCACUGACGGCUCACCACGUCCAGCAGCACUCAAAAGUGACACAUCAGUGAACAUGACUUGUUGCGUCCUGUCGGAAGACUUCAAAACCGCAGUGAUCCACACAAGGGGUGUUUCUCAAUGUCAAAGAAGAAUCCUUAAACAAGUGAAUUUUUAAAAACUUUUCCAAUGUCGAGGAUCCUUCAAAGGACUGUGUCCUUUCAAGAUCUUCGAGGAUGUAUGUUUAUAUCCUCAGCACUCCAAUGCUCACGGUGCAUUUCCUGUACCCAAUUUGGAAACUCUUAAACUAAACUAGUCAUAACUUCCAGUUAUGUCACCUUAGCAGUCUGUCAAAAUCUGUUUCUGAGGAAAUUUGAGGCUAGAAAUUGGUGUUCCAGUUGCUGAGUCGUCACUCAUAUUAAAUCUACAAGGUCAAUUCAAACUCAUUUAAACUGCUGUUGGUACGGAUUCGAUGAGCGAGCUAUUAAUAGCACAGAGGCCGGCAGCGGCAGAGAGAGACAGCAGGGACAAUGGCUUGAGGAGCCGGCAUAUCGUCAUACUUGGCGAGUUAAGGGGUUAUUUCAACCAAACCAGUCGGUGAUUGUUGGAACUGUAGACCAAGACGUCUUUUGAUUAGUUUGGUUUGUUUCUGUUAUGUUUGAAUGAAAUGUGUUUUACAAUGAUCAGCGAGGUAAAAUUACUUUUUCCGUCAAUGGAGUCUGGUGGCUUUGAAGAGAGCAGAGCAGCUUUUCACAUUUAACUUAAGGGUUUAUUUUUGAUGAAUUUUUAUGUGAUUCUUGGAACAGUGGAAACUGAAUAACCGAGACGGUUUUGAUGAGUUUUGCUUCUUUCGAGUUUUGAAUGAAGUGUCUUAUGACCAGGUAAAAUGACUGUUUUUGUCAAUGGAGAGCAUAUUAACUGUAUGUUUUGUAAGUUAAUAACUUAUCAUAAUUGUCCAAAUCACUGUUGAUUUUAUUACUUUUUUUUUCAAUAAAGCCUUGCUGUUUUGAAUCCGUUUACAUUUACACCCUAGUUUUUCAUUUAAUGACUAUUCAUGCCAUUCUGUUGAAUCCUUUCCGCUCAAUUUAGUAUCUGUGUCAUUAACGUUCAUUCUUAUACUUCAUUAUUAGAGACCAAAGGACUGUCGUUUAUUAUAAUGAAGUGUUGUAAAAAAUCUCUUCCUCUAACACACUUAAUUUGUAAAUUACAGGCUGUGUAAGCACUGUGAAUAAAGGCGGGUUCGACCUCUGUGUCGGUAGCCAAGGUCAAGGAAAGCUUAUGAACUGUUUUAUUUAUCCUGCACACCGACAUCCUGUUUGAUGUAACACUGGUUGCGUUUGAAAUUUACCCUCUUAUGAUAUGCUGCGGACUCCUGCAGAGAAGUCAAGAUCACAAGCUGUGUUUGAAGUGUGUGUUUUUUUUUAAAGAAACGCCUCUCUCUGUGUGUACCGUGCUGACCAGCCUACCAUCACAAUUCUUUUUCUUUCAAGAUUAAUAGCUCACUCAUGAUUUUUUAAUUUAUUUUUAUUGCCUGGAAAACACGAGGUGCGUCGGUCGGACGAUCUUUCAAGGUCGAAGAGGCAGGUUGGGCCUGAAGUUUCCUAACCAGCAUAUGUCCUUAACUUUAAAUUGCACCGAGAGUGCAAAGGAAAGAUAUCUGUCGGCUGUGAUUGGCUGUUCCUCGUCACAUGACACGUUGCUGCGGUCCAAAUGUUAAACUAUCUCAUGGCGCUCUUGUUUAGCGUGCGGCUUCCGUAUGUCUACAUUUAUAACAAUGGAUUUGAGGGCGCAAAAAAAAAAAAAAAAAAA